CUCCGGAGCCGAGCCAGUAGUUAACUUGGAGCGCUCGACGCUCGCCGAUUCAGUCUCGUUCCGACGGCGUUUGAGUACGGACGCGCGAUAUCGUUUCUAACUGGCGUGCAACACUUGGUUGUGUUUUUAUUAUUUUCUUUCGCUUUCGAGUAAACCGACGUUGACAGUCCGAUCGAAAGGUGUUCGAAAAUUUUCGGUUUCGAGACGAGAAAUUUUACCGUCACGUCAACGAAUAUAGUUGAUGUUAUAAAACAACAUAUAAUGGUUGCCGAAUUCGUGGGCCGCGGACAAAGUGGUUCUCCUGUAAAUGGUGAAAUUCCACAUUUGAAUUCCAACCUGCCGGCCAAUCACUCGCGCGAAAUGUUGAACAAUCCGAAUCACAGCGGCGAAGAGUUCAAUCCCGGCUACAACAUGUCCUCCGUCAAGCACAAGGAGCUGUUUUCGCAGCGGAAACAGCGCGAAUUCACGCCCGACUGCAAGAAGGACGACAGCUACUGGGACAGAAGGAGACGGAACAACGAGGCGGCUAAGAGAUCGAGGGAGAAGAGGCGAUUCAACGACAUGGUGCUGGAACAGCGCGUCGUCGAACUGACCAAGGAGAACGCCAUACUCAAAGCCCAAUUGGAAGCGAUCAAGGAAGAGUACGGGAUCUGCGGUGAGAACGUCGUUUGCGUUGAAAAAGUCUUAGCCAAUUUGCCAUCGAACGAACAAGUCUUGAGCAUAACGAAGCGACAGAAACUGGCCCAUCCGACUACCCCGUUGUUGUUCAGUUCUCCGAGUCCCAUCCCGACGCCCGUCAUCCACCAACCGGUGAUGGGAUCACCACCGCCCCAAAUGCAACACUCCCACAACGUACUUCACACACCCCCUUCGGCCCAUCUGGAACCGGCUUACAGAGAAUCGGAUUACCACCAUUCUCACUACCAGAUCUCCUACCCGGGCAUCCACUACGAUUCGAACAACGCUCUGAAUCUCUCGAACCGUUCUCGAUCCAGAUCCAGAGUGCAAUCGCCGUUCGAAGUGUCGAGCAAUUCGGGCGACGAAAGCGCCCCGGUCGCUUUGACCACCAACGAAGCCAACAACAGUUUACCUCUGAAGCUGAGGCACAAGUCGCACUUGGGCGACAAGGACGCCGCCAGCGCUCUGCUGUCGCUGCAGAACAUCAAGCAGGAGCCGGGGCCGCGCGCGAGCCCGCCGUGGGACGGCGAAGGGUCCAGCGACGAGAGGGACUCGGGCAUAUCGCUGGGCGGCGAGUGGUCGGCCGCCGCGACGGCCGCCGCGACGCUGCAGACGUUGAAGCAGUCGCAGCUGAGCGUGCAGGACGGCGCCGACGGGGACGCCACCACCAAGCGCAGAUUGCAUUCGGAGAUCGCCAGACUGUCGACGGAAGUGGAACAUCUCAAGUCGAUGAUGAACAGGAAGGAGAAGUGAGCUCGGCCGGGCGCGCCGGUAUAGGGUUUUAGUUGUGAUGUGAUGAAGUGGUUACCAAAAAAUACCACUGAAUUUGUGAUGAUUCUCAAAAGAGAUUGGACAUAUCCGUGCUCCAAAGGAGCAUAUUUAUUUUAUUUUUAGUUAUUUAUUUAUUAGUUAAGAUUGAUUGAAUUGAGGAUAUUUCGACUUGCACAAGUACCGCUUUCCAAUUUGCCAACAUAUUCCUAUGAUGUGCUCUAUUGGCGCUUUUACUAUUGUUACUCUUAAAUGUAACUCACCUAUUAUACUUUUUCAUCUUUUGUGUCUCCCUCAUCAUGAUCAUUUUCGUCGUAUCUUAUGCCAUCAUGCCUAAUUUUCAUUUCAUCAUAUUUUCAUAGGGAUAUAAACGUACCUUUUUACUAUUAGCUAAAAUAUGUGUGAUUUUUGUAAACUAUUUAUCUUAUGUAAAAAUGUAUGUAUUUUUGUUAUUUACCAUUCUCUAGCGGUUAAUAUUAUGUUAUGUUAUCCCAUUAUUGUAUAUUUAUAAAAUAUCUAUUCUAAGACUAGCUGGACCGAACCUCAUAUGUGUAGCAUCAUAUAUUUAUCUAUCCUUAUGUGUAACUAAAUGUGAAAAAUUUAUAAUAAAUUGUCCAGCAUUAAACAUAACUACGACUACGCAUAUUACAAAGAAAAUAUCCAUAUUUUCAUAUUACCGUUUGAUGUAUCCUAUUAAUGUAUUAAAUAAAUAUUUACAUCGUU